AUGCCCCAGACUCAGUUCAAGGAGUUGCCUCAGGUUCAGAUUAAUGAAGUCGCUAAAGAUCCUCUGAAUGAAGUAAUAAAGAACGCUUCCAUACAGGAGAGACCGUGUGAAGAAACUAUGGAUUAUUAUAAGAACUGGGCAUCAGACUAUGACAAGGAUACUAGCGAUGCUCAGUAUAAAGGACCACAAAUAACGGCAGAAGCUCUUGAGAAAUUGCGCUUACCAAAAACGGCCAGAAUUCUAGAUGUCGCUGCAGGCACUGGUUUAGUGGGAGAAGAACUUCGAAAGAAAGGGUUCACCAACGUUGACGGUCUAGAUGGCUCUCAAGCUCUGUUGGAAAUUGCCCAAAAGAAGAAUGUUUACAGAAGAUAUAUCACAGCUCUUAUUGGGGAUGACAGAAAAGCUCCACUUGACGACAAUGAGUAUGAUGCUGUAGUGUUAAGUGGAGCUUUCUCUCCAGGGCAUCUUUAUACUGACUGUUUACCAGAACUAAUUCGAAUUGUCAAACCCGGGGGUUAUAUCUGUUGGAGUAUGCGCGACUUCAGUUGCUACUCGGAGAGGUUCAGGGAAGACAAGUUUAACGAAGGAGUUGAGGAACUCUGUCGAGUAGGACUCUGGAAAAAAGUUCAUGAACCCUACACCUUCCAGAACUUUCUUGUAGGCAAGGAAGGCAAAGUUUAUUCUAUGUUGGUGACAAAGUAACUUGUACGGUUGUAGAUACUGCUCAGCCCUUCAAUCGUCUCUAAUUUUUCACAGUAUUUCUACAUCUUAAUAUAAGCAGUUAAAUUUUUCUUCCAGCAGUUAUCACUACUAUUUUAAUCUCCAUGAAAAUAUAAUG